GCCCGCUGAACAGUGGAAGCAUCGCCCCGCUGUGGCCCUGGAAUAACCCCACGAAAGGUUAAGCGAUCAGAAAUGCAGCCUGUGCAAUCUGUUUGUCACAUCUCAGAUAUUCUGGAGCUGCACCUGAAUGCAUCGCUACCGAAAAGCUGACCCUGCGGUGAUGCGUUCAGUGUGGAAGCGAUGGCGUGCCAAGGAGUAGUGUCUGAUAAGGCCGUUUCUGCAGCCUGCAAAGAGGGAAACCCCAUCACCAGGGACUUCAUGAUGCAGCAGACGAUGCUCCGAGUUAAAGACCCGACCAGGUCUCUGGACUUCUACACCCGAGUCCUGGGCAUGACUUUACUGCAGAAGAUCGACUUCCCCUCGAUGCGUUUCACUCUCUACUUUCUGGGCUUCGAAGAGAAGUCGGACAUCCCCGAGAACAUCAAGGACCGAACGGCCUGGACCUUCUCCCGCCGGGCCACCAUCGAACUCACGCAUAACUGGGGGUCAGAGUCGGAUGAGAGACUGAGGUCGUACCACAACGGGAACACCGAGCCCAGAGGAUUUGGUCAUAUCGGCAUUGCUGUUCCUGAUGUUAACGCCGCCUGCCAAGUGUUUGAGAAGCAGGGGGUGACGUUCGUAAAGAAACCAGAGACAGGUAAAAUGAAGGACCUGGCCUUCAUUCAGGACCCUGACGGAUACUGGAUUGAGAUUUUAAAUCCUACCAAAAUGCAUAAUUUAAUCCAGAUGCAGUCGGGCGUUUAAUUUUGGAUCUUCAAGUUGCUGCUUAUUUCAGACGCCUUGAAUAGCCAGGCGUUCUACGGCAUCAGCGCCCCCCCCCCCCUCCCAUCUGCAGCCCCAUAUGAUGAAAUAAGAAAUGUUCUCCAGCAUUUUUCAUACAUUUUCUAAACGUAAAACAAAUAAAAAACACAAAGUUAAACUCA